GAUCACAUGUUGUUAUUUAUAAUAGGCGUUCAAAAUGUUAGUUGCUCAUGUCCAUUGUUUUUAAUUUUGUUUAAAAUAUCGUCAAUUCUUCUUAGUUAUUUAUGUCAGACUCGGAAUUUUAUUUAAAUUUCGGAUAAUUAAUUAAAGAACUGGCUGAUUUAUAGGGCACAUUAUUUAGCCUUUUAACUUUAUGGUAAAAAUAAAUGUGAUUUUGAAUGGACAUUUUUAAUUAUUUAUAUUUGAUUUUGAUUACCGGGCCGGGUACUACAGAUACAGUAGUAACUUUCAGUAACAAUUUACGACGCCUCUCCGGGCGAGGCUUUGUUAUUAAAUUAUUAUUUAUAACUUUAAAGUUAAAAAAAGUUUUAGUUGAAAUUUGAUUAUGAUUCAUGAUAUUAUUAAAUACAGUGAAUCCAAUUAAAAACUAUUACUAUUAGUCCUGACAUUACUGAGACUGUGACCUGAGCUUAUAACUUUAGGACGUUGCAUAGUGUCAUUGCGCCAUUGCCUUUAAUAGCACAGUUGAACCCAUUUAUCUCGACCUCGGUUAACUCGCCAACCCUGUUAAGUCGACGUUUUUGACGGGGAACCCCCAAAGUCUCUCUUUGUCCUAGCAUUUUCUCAUCUGUUAUGUUGGUUCUUUUAUAGGCCUAUUGCGAACCCUAAUAUCUUGAGCGCAAAAGUGGGCCAAAUUUGCCACUUAACGUUGGUUAUCUCGAUCACCAUGACCAAUCGCCGGCUUUUGAACUCCGCAAGAAGAAAUAGCAAACAACAAAUAAAUAAGUUUUGCAUACUUCAAACUGUAGUAGUUUAAAUGAAAUGACAAUAUUGUUGUCCGCGUAAGUAAUAGACUUGACACGGCAAGAAGCGAAAUGCUUGCAAACAAAAGGGAAAGGUUCUAUUUAUAGCGAACCCGAUUCUAGCUGAAUAGGCUUUAAGGCUUCUAACAUGUUAAUAUUUUUUUUAAAACCAAGAAUCCGUAUUUGAAUAAACUGAACUGGCAAAUAUGGAGCGAGAGAAAAUAAAAACUCACCAAUCCGGAGCUGAAAAAUAUUUAGCCUCACGAAUCCAGAAUUCCGGAAUAAUCUGGAAAAGUGGCACCUCACACAUGCCUUUUGUGUUUAGCAAACAUUUAUGUACAUUUUUAUAUGAAGUUUAGUGUUACUAGUGUCUGGCCACUACUCACUAUUAUUAAUUACUACUGACUACUAGGAUUUAAAAUUAUAUGUUAAAAUUAUUAACUUCAAAUGGCCAACUAUUAUUAGUUCAAGUUUAAGUACCCAUGGCCAUUGGUCUGUUUUUCAUACUUACUUCACUUAUAAAAGUUACAGUACCUUUAAAGCUAGGUAAUAAAUAAAUAGUAACAAGUUGGAGUUCGACCACCACUGCCACAUUUUAUUUGCCAACAUUUUUUCUUUAAAAAAAGUUAAACUGUAACUGUACUCUAUAUUAAAAUAAAUUAUACUAAACCAGGGGGGAGCAAACUUUUUGUGUGGAGGGCCACAUUGACAAUUGUAAAGCUACUAGAGGGCUGCAUGUAUAUCCAAUUUUUACAUGUCGAUAAACAUUUCUCUAUAUUAAAAUUGGUAAAUUCGCAUUUUAGCAUUGCAUGACAAAAGUCAAGGACUGUUUAAAAAAAUAGAAAAUUAGAAAUAAAUUUGAUAAAAAAUGUUAAAACAAUCAUAACGGUACAUGAAAUUCUGUAAAAUUCCACAAAAUAGCUUAAAAACAAAGUAAUUUUAAAAAUUUCUAAAUGCUUUCGAGGUCCGCAUAACAUCAUUUGCCAUGCCGCAUGCGGCCCGCAGGCCAUAGUUUGCCCACCCCUGUACUAAACUAUACUUCAAACUCAGUUCAAAUUUGGUUAACUUAAAUUAGUUGGCUGAGUAAUUAAAAAAAUAAUUAAUUUGGUUAAAUUUAUUAAGGAAGUCAUAUAUUUGGAAAAGGCUGGCUAUCCAAAACCUUCUCUUAAAUCGAAAUCACUUAUUAACACUAAAGCGAUUGUAAAGGAUCAGUAAUAAAAUUUUUAAAAACUGACUUUAAGGUUGAUAUGCUGCCCAUGACCUUGCACGAGAGCCAUAGCCAUUAUAAAAAUACAUUUUCAAUAAUAUUAUUAUCUUUGCAGAUUUUUUUAGAUAUUAAAAAAUGAAUCUACACAAUUUAAUUUGCUGUGUAGUAUCCCUUGCAGCUUAUGCAACUGCUCUUGACAAUGGAUUGGCUAGAACACCGCCCAUGGGAUGGUUGUCUUGGCAAAGAUUUCGCUGCAACACGGAUUGUGUUAAUGAUCCUUUAAAUUGCAUAAGGUAAAUUUAUAUUAUUAUAAAUUGGAUUUCUUUCCUUUUGUUUAAAAUUUUUUACUAUGCUUAAAAGAUGAUCCCUGAAAUUUAGGUCUAUACCAAUGGCUGAGAAGUCAUAUGUUACGUAAUUUGCUUUUAAUAUUAUAAAAAUAGGUAAUGCACAUUUAUUUCUAAAAAUUGAAAUAUGAUAUAGAAAAUUUUAACAUUAUACAAAUUUAUCGAAUAAACUUAAACAUACACAGCACAAAGACCUUCAUAGUUAAAAUUAUUUCCUAAUCUUUCUUUUUGGAAAUGACGACACUGUAACAUGCUAUAUUAACCAGUUUUUCACCAAAUUUUUUUUUGCUACCGGUAUCAUUAAUGACCAUCUUAUUUCUUUUAAAUACAUCAAGAAAAAAAAAAGAGGUUGAUGAGCUUCUAACAAAUGAGCUCGAAAAUUUUUUUUCUCAAAAUUUUGUUGCUUUUAAUAUAAAAAAAACCCAGCCCUGGUAUUUCUCUACUUUGACAGUGAACGUCUCUAUAGGGACAUGGCUGACCGCUUAGCUGCUGAUGGCUACAGGGAUGCUGGUUAUGUUUAUGUCAAUAUAGAUGACUGCUGGGCAGCUCUACAGAGGGAUCCAGAAACAAUGAGGCUACAAGCAGACCCCAAACGUUUUCCUAAUGGGAUUAAGGCUCUGGCUGAUUAUGCAAGUUCAACUUCUAAGUCUUUUCAAUUGAUUUUAUGUUAGCAUAAUACAAUUUUAAAAGUUAAAUCAUUAGAACAAAAUUGACAUGACAUUGUUGGAAAUUUUACUAUAUAAAAUCACAGAUAAGAGAAUUUUAUCAACUAUUUUCUGCUAAAAUUUUCCUUUAAAAUUAAGUGUAAAUUUUUUUACUUUGUUAAAAGAAUAAUAAAAUAAGCUGAAAUUUUUAAUUGCAGGUUCACAGUAAAGGUCUAAAGCUUGGAAUUUAUGGAGACAUGGGCACAUUUACCUGCGGAGGUUACCCAGGCAGUAAGUUUUUUAUGGAAUUAGAUGCACAGACCUUUGCAGAGUGGGGAAUAGAUUCACUGAAGUUGGAUGGAUGUUAUUCAACUACUGAUGAUUUUACCAUUGGUAAGUAAUUAAUAAAGCUUAUACAUUAUAUAGAAAGUAAUUUACGCAUUAUCAGAUUGCUUUUCUAAUUUAAACAGUAAUUAAUUUUUUUAAAACGUAUAUUGCUGUUACUUACUGACCACCAGUACUCGAGAACUUUCACAAAAAUAAUUUUUGUAAAGACAAGAACCUGUUAUAAAAAAAAGUUAUAUUAUACAAAAUAAGUUUAUACGGUAUCGUUUGAAUUACCUGGUAUCAGGACUUCCGUUUAUUCAUUUAAGGCGCCACCUCCCCCACCCUCAUUGAAAAUAAAUAUUGGUUGCUUUGCUUUAUAAGUACUAUGUACAAUAUAAUUCACAUUAAGAUGGUCAACUAAAUGCUGCAUCCAAAGUGAAAAAACAGUUCUGCCACAAAAAAUGUAAAAAAAUUAACAUGCCUUUCCUCCUGUUUAAUUGUAACCAUUUGUUUAUUUUUGUUGUUAUUUAUUCAAAACAUUUAUAUGUAUCUUUUGGUUGAUUUCUCAGAAGGUAUUUUAAAAUUUCAUUUUUCACUUACAUCCCAGCCUACCCAAUCAUGGAGUUUUACUUGAAUAAAACUGGGCGGCCAAUAUUAUACAGUUGCAGCUGGCCAGCUUAUCAGGAUUCAGUAAGUUGUACUUUAUAAAACUACCUUUUUAAGUUACCACAGCUUACAGUUUACCUUUAAUUAAAAAAUAAUAACCUAAGUAUAAUUUUUCCAUAAAUGUUUAACAUAAAUUAUUCUUAAAUCAUAUAAUUUACGAAUAUUGUUGUGUACCAUUGUAAAGUUUUAACAAUUUAAUCUGUUUUAAGAUUUGGCUCAUUAGAAGAACAAUAUGUAACAAAUGAAUGAGACCAGUGUACUAAGUUAAACAAUACCAAAGCUAGUGAAGUUUAAAAUCAUCAAUUUAUUUACACUAACAAUUAUAGUAUAGCUACAAAAUCAAAUAUAUAGAAAUGAGAAAGGGAUCGAAAUAUCAACUUACAACACAUUAAUCUGUCUAGUAAUAAAAGGCGGAAAUAGUAAUCCACACCAUUAAUUCUUAUGCCUUUUACCCCAUCUGAGGCAGAGGCUGUCUACAAGAGUUUUCCCAUUCAUCUCAGUCCUGUGCUUUCUUUUCCAGUUGAUUCCUGCUGUAUCUCAUACUUUGUGUGUCCUGACUAAGCUUGCAUCUCCAAUUCCAUAUGUUCUUUGGCCUACUGCUCUUCCUUUUUUCUUGUGGAUUCCAUAAUUAAGGAUUGUCUAGUGAUGUUAUCUGGGGGUUUACCAAGAGUGUGCCCCAUCCACCUCCAUCUUUUCCUAAUAAUAUCUUCAGCCAUAGGCUCCAGGUAUGUAAGUCUUUGUUGGUGAUGAUGUUUGGUCAUUUGAUGUCCAGAUGUCCAGAGGCAGGUCUGUCCUAUCUGCGUAAUGCUCGCUGUUGUUUUCCAAGUUUUGACGCCAUAGAUUAGGACUGUUUUGACAUUUGUGUUGAAAAUUCUGACUCAUGUUUCCAGACUCAGCUCUGUUGACUUCCUUAUUUUCUUUAAUAGCACAAAUGCUGACCUAGCCUAUCAAAUUCCAGUCCUGACAUGAGCAUCAGAUCCACCAUUUAUGUCAAUGGGGCUGCCCAAGUAUGUGAAGGUGUCCACUUCUUCCAGUGCAUUUUAUCAACAUCUUUCAUAAUCACAAACAUGUGAUAUCUUUUGUUACCAAGGACAGGAAAAUUCUGAAUCUUAAGUAACAAGUUUCAUAAUCAAGCACAUGGGGGAAAUUGUAAUGCAUGGUGCCAAGUUAGUAGGUCACAAAACAAAAGGGAGGCCAUAGUACCAGGUUGUAACAACAUAAUUAAUAAAAGGUUAAGUAAUUUAUCAAAUGACUAACUUGUGGAUUUUGAUUUAAGCCUGACUAUCCUCGCAUUGCUGAGUAUUGUAAUAUCUGGAGAAAUUAUGGUGACAUUGAUGAUUCCUGGGAUGCUGUGAAAGACAUCAUCAAUUUUUAUGGUGCUGACAAGGGAAACUUUAGUGCUGUAGCAGGACCUGGAAACUUCAAUGACCCUGACAUGGUAAACAGUUUAAUUUAUUCAAUUUCAUGUUUGAAAGAGAUUUGAACUCAUUUUAAAAGAACAACUUUUGUUCAAUAAGUUAAUUUUUUAUACUUUUUUAUUGGCUUUUUCUUUGCAUUGAAAGUUUUCAAAAAACAAGCAUUUACAAUGUAUAAAUUUAUAUUGGUGAGAUGUGAAACAAAAUUUUCUUUAGCUUCAAUAUUGACAAAAAUACAUUUUUAUUUUAUUCAUAAUCUUGAGUCUAUCAUACAUUUGAAUUACGUUGUAGAUAACCUUGCUUUUACUUUACACUUUCAAAGUCUUGUCUCAAAUUUUCUUCAGUUAAUUUGUUACUUUAUUUAAGCAUAUCAGUCUAAUAUCAUAAGCAGUGUUCUUUUUAACUCAAGUUCUUUGUUCUAAAACUACUGCAUUAACUAUGUCAGCCUUCCACUCAUUUGGUUCUAAAACUGCUGCAUCAACCUCCCACUCAAUUGGUUCUAAAACUACUGCUUAAUCCUUCCACUCAAGUGGUUCUAAAAUUACUGCAUUAAUCUUCCACUUAAUUGCUAUAGCAUGUGACACUACUAACAGCCAAUACUCUGACCGACAAUUUUUACAAUUUAAAUUCCAGAUUAUCAUUGGGAACAAAGGUUUGAGUCCAUCUGAAGAAGAGGUCCAGAUGGCAUUGUGGUCCAUCAUGGCGUCGCCACUUUUGCUCUCUAAUGACUUGAGGAAUGUCAGUGAAAGAUCAAGAAACUUAAUACUGAACAAGGGAGCAAUAGAAAUUAACCAAGAUCCUCUUGGUAUUCAAGGAAAACGUGUGUGGCAGGUAAGCUUAAGAGGGGCGGGUAAGCUUAAGGGGGCAGAUAUUUUUAAGAGGGCAGGUAAGAUUAAGGGGUUAAGGUUUUGAAAUGUCUAUUACUAUUAAUUGCUCUUUCUGUCUUUUGAAGUUUUCCAUGUUAUUUUCAGCCACUAAACCUUAGAAUUUUAUUAAAAAAGGCAGUAUUAAGGAUAAAAUUUGAUGCCAGUUGAUGGUCAUAAACUCCGUAUUUCAUAUUAUUCAGUUAUUGAAAGGAUGAACUUUUCUCCAGGCAAACAGUAUACAGAUCUGGCUUAAACCUGUUCUGCCACAAGGCAGCUAUGCUAUUGCCAUCCUGAAUGAUGAUGAUGGAGGCUACUUGACAACAGUGACCGUCUCACUGGCAGAUUUAGGUGUGACUGGCAAUGCACAGUACUAUUUGAACGAAGUGUAUUCUGGUCUGUACCUUGGAGCAUUCAACACUCAAGAAAAGGCUGUGUUUAAAGUAGAUGUGUCCAGUGUAUUUUUUGGAAAAUUUAAAAAAAUUGGCUAAGGUGAAAAAGUUGAUACUCAAAUCACUUAGCAUUUUCAUGACAUUCCAUUUCCCUUAAUAUUUUGAAUGACUGCUUUUGAAAGUUCAAAGGUUAAUCAGCUGCUUUUGAAAAUAUCAAAGGUUAAUCAGUUUGCCAAACUUAUAUCAUGCUAAAAUAUUUUUAUUUCCACUUUAUUUUUCUACUAAUCUUUGAAUGUCCUCCUUAAUAGCUUGUGAUCCAAGUUGCACUGUAAAAGCUUAAUACUUUCUAAAUGCAUCAAUCAGGGUAACCUUAACUUCACCAGAAGUACAAACUAAACAUAACAAUUUUAACAUUUAAACAAAUAUAUUUAAUUUUCUAUAUAUAUUUAUUUUCCAUAGAUAUUGAGAGAUAUCUUUUGAUACUUAAAAGUUUGCAUGCAAAUAUUGAUAUUUUAAAAUACCUUAAUUAAUAUUGUUAAUGCCUCAGAUUUUAUUGUUAAAAGAACAAACAUAAAAUAAUACUCAUUAAUAAAUAAAUGACGCAUAAACAAAAAAGGUUUUCAUGGUACUUUUUAUCAGUUAUUUAAAAUUGAAAAAAAUUCAAAUUGUAAACUGGGUCCUUUAAAAUUUAAAUUUGACAAAGUGGAAAUUCAACGUCAUACUUUGAUCUUGACUGCCCACCUUCAGUUUCUCAUAAUAAUUAUUUCAACGAUUAUAUUUUCAUAUUUUUAUAAUUUUUUCCAGCGCAGACAUUCUAGUAAAUAAGACAAUCAGAUGAUUGAGUUGAGAAUGGCCAGUUUUGAUUUAACUAUUUAAAAAUCUGGGACAACUAUUUUGAAAACAAUAAUCUUCAUUACCGUGUAAUACAUUAAUUGAAUGUUAGUGUUGAUUUGCAUUUAUAACUGUGAUGAGUAUUAACAUUGUCAUUUGAGAGAAACUAUAAUUUUGUGUAUGUUAACUUAUUUAGUAUUUUUGAUUUGUAUUUUACUAUUAAAAUAUUAAAUGGUGACUACGAUGUCCUUGUUUUUCUUUACCAACUUAUUUAUUACUGUUCCUUUU